AUUUCUCCUUCAACACUGCCCUAAUCUUCCUUCUUUUCUCAGGAUCUCGGCCUCCACCAUCUAUAUAGCUGACACAGUUUUCGGGUUUCUCCACCUUCUUAACCGGUUUCACGACCGACCGCUGCUUCCAUCUCCUCCAACACAGAAGUAGCAAAACAUGCCCGAAAUCCAGAGGAUAAUGACUCAAAACUUUUUAGUCCGUAAGGCUUUACCCAUUGUCCAUUUAGAUAAGGCUCUCCUCGACCAAAUCUGCAUUAACCUCCCUCUGUUUCUGUUACAGAAAGAAGAAACCAUGGUGAUACUGUCUAAAAUCAUGUCUGUACAAGUUUCCUCUGGUAAAGACCUGCAAGAACUCCUGUAAGGCUGUAAUAGAACUAUCAAAGCCAGACUUAAAGACUCUCCUUAUUAAGGCCUGUCAAGAUUUUGGGUUCUUCAAGACGAUUAACAAUGGUGUUCCAAUGGGCUUCGUCUCCAGAAUUAUAAAAUACUCAAACAGAGAAAGUGAAGGUAAACAGAGAUGAGGCCUCUAGACGAGAAGGAGACAACAGCGGUUUUUGAGAAGCUCUUCAAGUUCACAGGAAAUAAUCUCAAGAACAUAGUGGAGAGUUCAUCACAUGAAGGUGUAGAUGAAAAUGCAGGCUGUUACUGCUUUCGCCUCCAAAAGAACAAAGUGUAUUAUGUAAGCGAAGCCUUAGUCAAGCGAGCCACCAACAUCGAACGAGACAAGCUUGUCUCCCUCGGCACCUGCAUUGGCAAGUUCACCAAAGGUGGUAGCUUUCACCUAACAAUCCAAUGCCUCAAUCUCUUAGCUGUUAAUGCAAAGCACAAGGUUUGGUUAAAACCCACUUCCGAAAUGUCUUUCUUGUACGGUAAUCAUGUUUUGAAGGGUGGAUUGGGGAGGAUCACAGAGAAUACAACAGCAGGUGAUGGGGUUGUUGUGUUCUCCAUGUCGGAUGUGCCGUUAGGGUUUGGGAUUGCAGCCAAGUCAACACAGGAUUGCAGGAAGUUGGACCCAAAUGGGAUUGUUGUGUUACAUCAGGCAGAUAUAGGAGAAUACUUGAGGAUGGAGGAUGAUCUCUGAAGUUGGACCCCUUGUCAGUUGGUUUCUGUGGGGGGAUUUUUUGAUGUCUUUGUAACAUUUUUUGAUAGAUAAUUGAUUAUUGAUGUCUUUGUAACUCGGUAGAUGUUAAUCAAAAUUUUUUAUGGGUUUCUGCAAGUGAAGUCUUUUUCAACCUUU